UCGUCAUCCCAUUCCCCUAUCUGUGGCAGACUUGUUAUUUGUAUUUCUGUGAAAAUCCUCCCAGAUGUGCUCGGCUUCUCGUCCGUUCUACUCUGGCAAUGGGAAAGUGAGAAGUCAGAAGUAGAAGUGUAGUGAUACUGUGGCGCUUUCAAAGCUAAAACUCCAAUGGCGCUGCUUCAGCACAUGUGCUCAACUCCUCUGGCACGCGCUGUCCGCUCACGCUCCUUCUCCAAUAUCUCCAUUUCUGUUCCGUCCUCGCCGACGCCCACCGUCUCCAUCCCCUCGCCUUCGCUUGCACGAAUCCCUAAUGUAGGCUCCCGCGUUCUCCUUGGCAUGUCCGAGGAGGAGCUUCAGCAGCUCGCCCUCGACUUCGGCCAGCAACGUUAUCGAGGAAAACAACUCUAUCAUCUUCUAUAUAAGACUAAGGCUAAGGAAAUUGAGGAUUUCAGUCACCUGCCUAAGGCCUUCCGGAAUGAUCUUAACGAAGCGGGAUGGAGAGUCGGCAGGUCGCCUGUUCACCGUGCUGUUGUUGCAGCUGAUGGCACUGUUAAGAUAUUGAUAAAACUUCAAGACAACAGAGUAAUCGAAACUGUUGGGAUACCAGUUGAAGAUGAUAAAGGUUCUAAACGCUUGACUGCAUGUGUCUCAUCACAGGUGGGCUGUCCAUUGCGUUGCUCAUUUUGUGCUACUGGGAAAGGAGGGUUUUCAAGGAACCUUCAGUCUCAUGAAAUUGUUGAACAGGUCCUGGCUAUAGGGGAGCUUUUCAAGCACAGGGUGUCAAAUGUUGUGUUUAUGGGAAUGGGCGAGCCAAUGAUGAAUCUGAAGGCAGUUUUAGAAGCACAUCGAUGCUUGAAUAAGGAUGUGCAAAUUGGUCAAAGAAUGAUAACGAUUUCUACUGUGGGGGUUCCAAACACAAUUAAAAGGUUGGCUUCACACAAACUCCAGUCGACAUUGGCCGUUAGCCUACAUGCUCCGAACCAGAAACUCCGGGAAACAAUUGUUCCAAGUGCAAAAUCCUACCCAUUGAAUGCAAUCAUGAAGGACUGCAAGGACUACUUCCUAGAAACUGGCCGGAGGGUAUCCUUUGAGUAUGCACUUUUAGCUGGAGUUAAUGAUGAGGUAGAUCAUGCAGUUGAACUUGCAGAACUGCUUCAUGGGUGGGGACGUGGUCAUCAUGUGAAUCUGAUACCUUUCAAUCCAAUAGAAGACUCAGAGUACCGGCGUCCAUACAAAAAAGCGGUGCUAGCAUUUGCAGCUGCCCUUGAGUCUCGUAAAAUAACUGUAAGUAUACGUCAGACACGAGGCCUUGAUGCCAGUGCAGCUUGUGGGCAACUCAGGAACGAGUUCCAAAAGAGCCCUCUGUCUGUCUCGGAUGAAUCUGAAUCUCAAUCGAUUGUCUCGGUUGGUUGAUGUCAUCAGAUUGUCGGAACCUUGUUGGCUCACCAGAUGAACCACCAUUUUGAAUCUGCACAUUUUUCACUGUUCGAGUGAAAUGGAGAGGUGUUGAUGAUAGACGAGGGUACAUGUCACCCCUUAUUGUCUGCAGUAGAAGGAAUGUGCACCUAACAGCCUGAAGGCAAGCAAAGGGACCAAAAUGACAGGAGCUCUCUCCUACAGUGGCGCGUGUAAUCGAAUAAGAGGAGUUUAACUUGUCCCAGAUAAGCCAUAUCUUUGUGAUUUAGGAGCCUUUCUGUUUUUUCUUUUUUCUGAAAAUCGAACAGUGCAGCAAUAUGGUUUCGUACACAACGCUAUUGAUGGUGGA